CCCUUAAAAAAAAUCUAUUUUCCCGCAAAAAAUGAUUGUUUUAUUUUCAAAGUAAACAAAUGAUCUAAAUCAAAAAAUUCAAAAACGUUUUAUUACUUAUUGAUUAUGGAAGGUGUUCGAUCUUUUUUGCUACUUCGAAAAUUCUUGACGAGUGAUAAUGUGCUCAAAAACAUAAUUGUAAACCAAAAUGCUUCUAAAGAGCGUAUCGCUGAUCGUGUGUCCAUUUACAGGAAUUUAUCUUCACAAAAAAGGUUAUCAACUGCAGUGCUAAAUAAAAUCAGCAGCAAAACUACAAGAAGUUUUAGUGAUGGUAAAACUAUAAUGCUAUCCUCAAGUUCAAAAACUCAAUCAGUUGCAGAUAAACCUAAAUAUACAAAUGGUUUAAUCAAUGAAAAAUCGCCCUACCUACUUCAACAUGCUCACAAUCCUGUGCAAUGGUAUCCUUGGGGUCCAGAAGCUAUAGAAAAGGCAAAGGUGCAAAAGAAAUUGAUAUUCUUAUCAGUAGGCUAUUCUACAUGUCACUGGUGUCAUGUUAUGGAAAAAGAGUCCUUUGAGAAUGAAAAUGUUGCAAAAAUUAUGAAUGAUCAUUAUAUUAACAUCAAAGUUGACAGAGAAGAGAGACCUGAUAUUGAUCUUGUUUAUUUGUCUUUUGUCAUGGCAUCCACAGGAAAUGAAAGCUGGCCAAUGUCUGUCUUUUUAACUCCAGAUCUUCAACCGGUCUCUGGAGGUACCUAUUUCCCUCCAGAAGAUCGCUGGGGGCAUCUCGGUUUCAAAACAGCCCUUCUUACUUUAGCUAAGAAAUGGAAAGAAAAUCCACAACAGUGUCUUGAGGUCGGUCAACAUGUAAUUAUCGCAUUACAACAAUUAUCUGUUGAUGACAAUCUAUCUACGGUAGUCUUAGGAGAGGGUAUUUGGGACAAAUGUGUUCAAAAAUAUAUGUUGUUAUAUGAAACAGAGUUUGGUGGAUUUGGAAUGGCUCCUAAAUUUCCACACGCAUCAAUUUUAAAUUUCCAUUUCCAUUACUAUGCUAGAGAUAAAUCAAACCCUGAUGGAAAAAAAUGUCUAGAAAUGUGUUUGUACACUUUGACUAAGAUCGCUAAAGGAGCUGUUCAUGACCAUGUAUGCAGUGGAUUUGCACGUUAUUCAGAUGGCAAUGAUUGGCAUGUUCAUCACUUUGAAAAGAUGUUGUAUGAUCAAGCUCAGUUGGUAGUUGCCUACACUGAUGCCUUCCUGGCAACUAAGGAUGAAUUUUACGCUGAUAUAGUUUAUGACAUAAUCAAAUAUGUCAACAGAGAUCUGAGACAUGAAUCUGGUGGAUAUUUCAGUGCUGAAGAUUCAGACUCGUUUCCCACUUUUGAAACUACUUAUAAAAAAGAAGGUGCCUUUUGUCUAUGGGAAUAUAAUGAACUAAAAGAACUACUAAAUGAUAAAAAGAUAAAUGAUAUAUCUUACUUGGAAAUUUUUUGUGAAUAUUUUUCUAUUAAUGAAGAAGGAAAUAUAUCUCCGAUUACUGACCUGCGCGGAGAACUAGUACACAAAAAUGCCUUAAUUAUUUAUGACAGUAAAGAGGAAAUUAUCCAAAAAUUUAAUUUAAGCACUGAAGAAUUUAACCAAGUCAUCAAAGACUGUAUUAAAAUUGUAUAUGAUGCACGAAAAAAUCGUCCCCGGCCAGACUUAGACACAAAAAUUUUGUGUUCUUGGAAUGGGCUAAUGCUAUCUGCAUUGGCACAAGCUGGACAAGGUUUGGGAGAGAAUAGUUUUGUUGAUGAUGCCAUUAAGACUGCCUAUUUUAUAAAAAAAUACCUAUACGAUGUAACCACGACCACUUUACUGCACUCCUGUUACAGAGAUGACAAUGGGGACAUCUUAAAAAUGAAAAAUCCAAUAAAAGCUUUUUUGGAUGAUUACGCUUUUCUUAUCAAAGGACUUCUCGAUUUGUACGAAGCAUCGUUUGAUCGGCGUUGGUUGAAUUGGGCCCGUGAAUUACAAUUGAAGCAAAAUGACAUGUUCUGGGAUUCAAAAGAUGGUGGUUACUUUACGUGUUCAGCCGAAGAUAAAACUAUAGUGUUGAGACUUAAAGAAGAUCACGAUGGUGCCGAACCGUCGGGUAAUAGUGUUUCGUGCCACAACCUGCUUCGGCUCGCGGCCCACGCCGACAAGAGUGAUGAAGAAAAUGGCAGUGAGAAGAAAAGAGAUAUGGCUAAAAAGAUACUUGUGGCUUUUGCAAAACGUCUCAACGACUCGCCCACUGCCCUACCCGAAAUGAUGUCCGCAUUGAUGUUUUACAAUGAUUCUCCCACAAAGGUGCUGAUCUCGGGGGGCCGCUCGGACCCGCGCACGCUGGAGAUGGUGCGCGCGGUGCGGACGCGGCUGCUGCCGGGCCGCGUGCUGUGCGUGGCCGACCCCGCCGACACGCCCGCCGGUAUGUCCGACAUACUGUUGCACCAUGUGAAGCCUGCGAAUGUAGGGCCGCGCGCGCACGUGUGCCGCCGCUACGCGUGUUCGCUUCCCCUCACAGACGUCAAACAACUCGAGAACUUGCUAGACGAAACACCCGCUGCUGUCGCCAAGAAAUAGCGCAUAUGAGUCGACUAUUAUCAAAGGCGGCAAUCUGACUUUUGGACAAUGAUUGGUAAAUCAGAAAAACGAAUUAUUGACUUUGUAUUCCAUUGGCAGUCACAAAACUCUUCGGAACGACAUCUUAGAUAAAUAACAGGUUAACUAUUAACCUUUAUUUAAUGCAGGUUUUGAACCGUAUUCUUUGAAGGAGACGAUUAUAUUCAAAUAAAUCUGUAUUGACAUAUCAAUAAAUUUUUUUUGUCCAAAUGUACAGAUUGCCGCCUUUGAUAAUAGACGACUCAUAUAUUGGUUUUGUUGUCAAAAGCUUAAUACCGUAGAUUGGGGGGAAUCGGGACCCUUUCCAAAUCCAACACAAAUUUUCAAUGGUUUACCAAUAAAAUUGAGUUUAAAAUGUUUCCGGAAGCUUACAUUUUUAUAUACGUUGCGUUAUUAUACACAGUUCAUUACAAAAUAUGUAUACACAAAAACUGAAAAAACUAUCUUGACCCGAUUCGCCUUGGCUUUGGGGUGAAUCAGGUACCAACAGGUAUCAACAAUAGUUUUUUUAUAGGGCUGUCACUAUUUAGUUGUUAGGUAGGUACUUAACUUUAGAUAAUUUACUUUUUAAUAUCUUCAAUGAGUUACAAAACUUUGAUGACUAAGUUAAGCUACAUAAUAUUCUUAAAUACUAAAUAAAAGUGAUUUUCAACAAAGUUAAAUCGAACAACUAACAAAAAUAUUGUGACAUCCCCCAGAUUUGUCCCUAUUCUAACUAGUCUCUAUUCCCCCCAAACUACUGUAUCUAAAAUUUUACGCUCAAGGGAAAUAUGAGACGUUACAUACCAUUCCAAAUGCAAUUGACAUUUCAACCUCGUGCCUUAAUGGAGCUUAAAAUGGAGUUCGCAGAGUAUAAUAAGCUAAAAUACCUUUAGCUAAAUACUACGUCGCCUCUUCGAAUAAGGUUUCAACCUGAAAGAUGUCACUAUCCGGUAUUGCUGAUGUCCCAGACAUGCCAUCACAAUGUAUGACAAAAGUAAUAAAAAUUUUUUUUUGA